AUGAACGAGGCCAUGGUGACCCACGUCUCCUCCGGAGCGCCCACGCCAACCAAAAGGUGCCAGCACAGCAGCCCCGAGCCCUCCCGAGAGGAGCACGCCCUGAUUGCCACCCUCGUGAGCCGCCUGCGCAGCGGGGCACGUGUCCUGGACAGCCCAGGCCGGCUGGACGAGGAGCACCGGCUCAUCGCUCGCUACGCCGCGCGCUUGGCCGCCGAGGCUGGGAACGCUCCCCGCCCGCCAGACCUGCCGUUCAGUUUCGAUGCCAACCGGCAGCAGCGGCAGCUGAUAGCGGAGCUGGAGAACAAGAACAGGGAGAUCCUGCAGGAGAUCCAGCGGCUGCGGCUGGAGCACGAGCAGGCCUCGCAGCCCACGCCAGAGAAGGCGCAGCAGAACCCAACACUGCUGGCUGAGCUGCGGCUGCUGCGAGCCGGCUCUGGCCGUGGCCCCGAGCCCGGAGCCGCUGGCCAAGGGCUCUCUGUGUCUCCGCAGGCUCAGGCCGGGGGCUCUGCCCAGCCCUCGCCCACCCACGGCCGCCCCCCGGCCGUGCCCGUGCGCUCGGCCUCGGCCGGUUCCACGCCCACCCACGGAGCCCAGGACUCGCUGGCCGCGCUCGGGGGAGACGUGCACGACGCCUUCACGCAAGGUACGAGGAGGAACCUCCGCAAUGACCUGCUGGUGGCAGCUGAUUCCAUCACCAACACCAUGUCCUCCCUGGUGAAGGAGCUGCACUCGGCAGAGGAAGAAGACGAAGAAGAAACAGAGAAGCUGCAGAAUGGGAAGGACCGAGGUUAGGAGGGGCCGCAGGCUGGACAGCAGCUCAGGCUCGGAGGUUGCGCUUGCGAUCGAGGGACGUCUCCCCCCCUUCGGAAGAGGCAGUUCCAGCCCAUCCAUCACCAUCGUGAACUGUGACCGAUCUCCACCACCUGCUGCCGACACGGAGCGCUCUCCCGACACUCCCGGAGCCUCCGGGCGGUCUCUGCCCCUCAGGCCAUUGCAUGCACCCUCGGUGUGUUUCCUGUCGGGACCCCCCGUGUCCCGCCCGCCUCGGGAGGCUUCAGAAAGAAAAAACGCAAAGCUGGCAGGACCCUGCCGGUGGCUGUCCCCGCUCUGUGUGCUGCUCCGUUCCGGUCUCCUCCCGAGCACUGCCACCGCUGCCGCCUCUGGCCCUCUGUGCAUGGAACAAAAAGGGGCUGCGGCCCCUCCCGGGGGGAUUCCGCUCUCAAAAUCCCACCCGGAGCCGGCUGCGAGGUCCCGGCCUCCCGGGGGUGAUGGUGGGGGGCUCUGGUGCUCCCAGCCCUGCCCUUGGAAAGGUCCCGAGGCAGGAAUUGAGGGAGGAGCGCGGCCAGGUGAGGAGCAGCAGGAGCUGGGCUCGGUUUUGGUGGAAAUGAGGGAAAUAAGGGAGCAGGGGAUGGCAGCUGCCCCCGACCCGCGCUGGGCUCCAUCAGCACUCCCAAAACACGGCCCCAGCCACGGUGGUUCCAGCACUUCUCCCCAGUGCUGCUCGGGAAUGUUAUUUUUAGUGGAGGGAGCCGAGGGCCCUGCUGCAUCUAUAAAUAUUUAUGGAGGGUGACGGAUGAAAGGAGCAGAAAUCCUGCGAGCACCCCCGGCCCUGCCCCCGGGAACGCGCUCACCGUGCCCGGGACAGGGACAAUAAAAACCCUGGUGGCCACAGGCUCGGCUGGAUGUGAAUGUUGGG